AGAGACCAUGCACUCAUGCUGGACUGUCAGGUUCAGGGCGAGAAACCUAUCAUGGUGACGUGGCGUAAAAACGGGGUUCCUUUACCCACCAGCCCGCGGGUACGAGUCCUGGAAAAUGGCACGCUGUUGAUCCAGAGGUUUCAGAAGCGCAAAGAAGGGAGCGACGCUGACACGGGCGAGUACGACUGUGCAGCCCAAAAUCGUUACGGCCUCCUGGUCAGUCGCAAAGCCAAAGUCCAACUGGCAUCUCUUCCAAAGUUUCACACCCACCCAGUGUCCAUGUCUGUGGACGAGGGUGGCGUCGCUCGCUUCCAGUGUCAGAUCAACGGAGUACCUGAAGCCAACAUCACCUGGGAGAAAGACCGAGAAGCACUGAACAUUUCUGACAGCAGGUACACCCUCCUUCCAAUGGGGAUCCUCCAGGUGACGGGGGUGAAGCAGGCAGACGUAGGGAUUUUCCGCUGUGUGGCCAACAACAUCGCCAACACUCGCUACAGCCAUGAGGCUAACCUCAACGUCACUGGUGGAGCCUCCAGAACAUACAAGGAGCCCAUCAUUCUGUCUGGGCCACAAAACCUCACCAUCACCGUCCAUCAGACGGCCAUCUUGGAGUGCAUUGCCACAGGAAAUCCAAGGCCUAUUGUAUCUUGGAGCAGACUAGAUGGACGCUCCAUUGGUGUGGAGGGGAUUCAAGUCCUGGGGACGGGGAACCUGAUGAUCUCAGAUGUUUCCCUGCAGCACUCGGGGGUGUAUGUGUGCGCCGCCAACCGGCCCGGCACCAGAAUGAGGCGGACUGCACUCGGUCGACUUGUGGUACAAGCUCCACCAGAAUUUCUCCAGUGGCCGCAGUCCGUCUCCAAACCCGCAGGGGGCAAUGCUGUGUUCACCUGCGUGGCUCAAGGUGUCCCUGAUCCUCAUCUAAUAUGGCUCAAGAAUGGCAAGGUCCUGACACCAGGACAGAAUGUCAAGCUGACAAACAACAACAGCACUCUGGCUCUGACCCGGAUCAGCUCAGAGGACGAGGCUAUCUACCAGUGCAUCGCAGAGAACAGCGCUGGCACCAACCAGGCCAGUGCUCGGCUGGCUGUGACCCAGGCUAAAGACCUGCCCCCUGCUCCUCAGGGCCUCGUGGCUAGUCCUGUGUCCACCAGCACCCUGCAGAUCACAUGGAGCAGUCCCUCCAGCGGCUCCACAGACAUCAUCGGAUACGUCCUGCACAUCCGCAAGAUAGGCGAACCUGACAGCUUGGAGCUGCAGGAGGCCAUCAGUAAGGACACUUUUCAGCAUGAUGUGACCAACCUGGAGGCAGCCACCACCUACUCUCUGUACCUGAAGGCCUACUCCUCCAUGGGGGCCAGUCAGCAGUCCAACAUGGUGGUCACAACGACACAUGGUGGAGUCCCGACCCCUCCCACAUACUUCACCAAGGUUUUGAACUCCAGCGCGGUGCAGGUCCUCUGGGAGCUCCCGAGCAAGGCGGGCAGUGUUGAGGGCUUCAGGCUGUCCUACCGGAAAGUCCCGCAUUCGAGCUACCAGGAACCGGUCCAGUUCCCUCCUCAUAUCAAUGCCCACACCAUUUCUGACCUGGAACCCGGGGCGGUGUAUGAAAUUAAACUGGUGGCCUACAAUGGAAAUGGAGAAAGUGACUGCUCCAAGAGGCUGGUGUCGCUCGCAGAGCAAAGCUUGAGUGAACAGAUGACAGGAGGGAGCGGCCCGUGUCAGUGCAGGGAUGGAGAGGCGUCUCUGGGCAGCGUCGUCAUUGGGAUUCAUAUUGGCACCGCCUGCAUCAUCUUCUGUGUUCUCUUUCUCAUGUUUGGGUACCGUCACAGGUAA